UGCUCCCAGACCUAUUGGAUAGCGUUGCCAGACAUAAUUUUUUUUGCCUGAAGAAGAAUUUGGAAAAAUAGUAAACAAUUUUUUUUUAGGCCGAAAUAUGAUACACAGCCUGUUUAUAGUCAACAACAGUGGCGAGGUGUUCCUGGAGAAGCACUGGCGUUCGGUGGUCUCUCGUUCCGUUUGCGAAUAUUUUCUGGACGCCCAGCGGGCCGCACCAUAUGAUGUGCCCCCGGUGAUAGCCACACCCCAUUACUAUCUCAUCACAGUCCAGCGGGAUGCUGUCUCCCUGGUGGCGGCCUGCAAACAGGAGGUUCCACCGCUCUUUGUCAUCGAAUUUCUCCACCGGGUUGUGGACACUUUCCAGGACUAUUUCGGCGACUGCUCGGAGACCGUGAUCAAGGAUAACUAUGUCGUGGUCUAUGAACUGCUCGACGAGAUGCUGGACAAUGGCUUCCCGCUGGCCACCGAGAGCAACAUCCUCAAGGAACUGAUCAAGCCGCCCAAUAUCCUACGUACCAUUGCCAACACAGUGACCGGCAAGAGCAAUGUCAGCACCAUACUUCCUUCGGGUCAGUUGUCGGCGAUUCCUUGGCGCAGGAGCGGUGUAAGGUACACCAAUAAUGAGGCGUACUUUGAUGUCAUCGAGGAGGUGGACGCCAUCAUAGAUAAGUCGGGCUCCACGGUGUUUGCUGAGAUACAAGGACAUAUCGAUUGCUGCAUCAAGCUGUCGGGCAUGCCGGACCUCACACUUUCCUUCAUGAAUCCUCGUCUCUUUGACGACGUCUCCUUCCAUCCCUGCGUGCGUUUCAAGCGCUGGGAAGCGGAGCGCCUGCUCUCCUUCAUACCGCCCGACGGAAACUUCCGGCUCAUGUCCUAUCACAUCAGCUCCCAGUCCGUGGUGGCCAUUCCCAUCUACAUUAGGCACAAUUUUUCGAUUAAAACGGGGGAACAGGGCCGAUUGGAUCUGACCAUUGGGCCGCGUAACACCCUCGGACGGUCUGUGGAUAAAGUGAAGCUGGAGCUGACCAUGCCGCGGUGUGUUCUCAAUUGCCUGCUGACCCCGAAUCAGGGCAAGUACACCUUUGAUUCGGUGACCAAAACGCUGUCCUGGGAUGUGGGCCGCAUAGAUGUUUCCAAGUUGCCAAAUAUUAGAGGAUCGGUUUCCAUUACGCCCGGAACGACGAACAUCGAUGCCAAUCCGUCCGUGAACGUACAGUUCCAAAUAUCUCAGCUUGCGGUGUCCGGAUUAAAAGUAAAUCGCCUGGACAUGUACGGGGAGAAGUACAAGCCAUUCAAAGGCGUCAAAUACCUGACCAAGGCGGGCAAGUUUCAGGUGCGAAUGUAGGGACCUGCCACUACGUUCCGAUUCCAGCUUUAAUUAAGAGCUUACUUUUAAGUAUACAUAAAUAUAUAUAUACAUAUUCCAUUGUUAUGUGUCAUCCUAUAGCCUAUCCCUAACCGCCCCUAUCUCAAGCAUCUCUGUAUCUAUCUAUCCAUAAAAGUUAAACUCCAA